ACGUGCUCGCGCACACACACACACACGCACAUGGUAACGCUGCUAUGGCUAGACGGUAACAAUCAACGAUGGCACCGACAGUGACGUAUUCGUGGUUGACUUUUUGGCGUUGCGGGAAACCGGUUUCCAAAUUUUUGAUGUAAUGCGUGAGAGAAUCAAAUUUGAAAAGUGUUUGUGAAAACAAGAAAAAAAAGAGGAAAAGAAACAGUGCAAACCUCCAUUACCGCCACAAUCUGCAAUGGCUAAAAAUCGCGAAAUCAUUCAGCUGCACGUUGGGCAGGCGGGCGUACAGAUGGCCAGUGCCUGCUGGGAGCUGUACUGUCUCGAGCACGGCAUCUAUCCGGACGGGCUGUUUUGCGACUGUUCGAUCAACGAGGACUGCAGUGCGUUCUUUAGCUGUGACCGGUCGGGGCAGUGUGUGCCGCGCGUGCUGCUGGUCGAUCUGGAACCGUCCGUGGUGGACGAGAUACGGAUCGGCACGUAUCGGGAUCUGUUUCAUCCGAACUCGCUGCUGACCGGGUGUGAAGAUGCGGCGAGUAACUUCGGCCGGGGCCACUAUCGGCUCGGCCAGACGAUGAUCGAACCGGCGAUGGAUCGGUUGCGGAAGCUGUGCGAACACUGCUCCUCGCUGCAGGGUUUUAUGAUGUUUCACAGCGUGGGCGGCGGUACGGGGGCCGGCCUGGGGACGCUGCUGCUCGAACGGCUCGGUGAGGACUUUGGCAAGGCGUCGCGCAUGGAGUUUGACAUCUUUCCGUCGCCGAAGAUAUCGCCGGUCAUCGUGGAACCGUACAACGCGAUACUGGCCUCGCACGUCGCGAUGGAGCACAGCGACUGCACGUUCGUGCUAGACAACGAGGCACUGUACGAUGUGUGCGAUCGCAGCCUGAGCGUGCGCGAACCGACCUACACCAAUCUGAACCGGCUAGUCGCGCAGGCCGUGUCGUGCGUUACCGCCUCGCUGCGCUUUUCCGGCGCGAUCAAUGUGGAUCUGCUCGAGUUCCAGACGAACCUGGUGCCGUUCCCGCGCAUACACUAUCCGCUGGUGACGUACGCACCGCUGGCGCCGGGCAGUACGGCCCGGCACGAGCAGCCGACGACGGCCCAACUGACGUACGAGUGCUUCGAGCCGGGCAACCAGCUGGUCAAGUGUGAUCCACGGGCGGGCCGGUACAUGUCGUGCUGUCUGCUGUACCGGGGCAACAUUGCACCGAUCGAGAUCAAUCGGGCGCUGCUCGAAAUGCGCUCGAAUCGCUCGAUCCAGUUCGUGGACUGGUGCCCGACCGGGUUCAAGAUUGGCAUCAACUUUCAGCCGCCGAUCGCGGUGCCGGGGGCCGAUCUGGCACGGUCCGAUCUGGCGUGCUGCAUGCUCGCGAACAAUACCGCCAUCCGGACGGCAUGGACAAGGGUGGCCGACAAGUUUCAGCGGAUGUACGAUCGGAAAGCUUUUUUCUACCAUUAUCUGAGUGAAGGUUUGGAGGAGCAAGAUCUCACCGAGGCUAUCGAAAACAUUCGCACGCUUAUCAAAGAUUACGAGGAAAUUGAAAAAUAAGCCGUACAUCUCGUUACCGGCACGAGCGC